AUGUCUUCAAACAAUCCAGGGAGUUCCUCCUCAUCGACUAAUAAUAAGCAGUCAACAGAUAACACUGGUGGAGAAAGUAGUAAAACUCAUCAACAAACAACAGCACAACCACAAAAAGUUUCUAUACCACAUCUUGGAGCUUUAGAAGAGGACGACGAAUUUGAAGAAUUCGCUGCAGAAGACUGGAACGAAACCGAAGAAGAUCAAGAAACUCAUUUAUGGGAGGAUAAUUGGGACGAUGAAGAUGUUGAAGAUGACUUUUCAAAACAACUAAGGUAUAGUAUAGGAUCACGCAUUUAA